CCAACAACCACUGCCAUCGUCGCUUUUCACCCUCCAUACCAAAUGCUGCGAUAUUAAGCCGCCAGAGCACAAGUGCAAUACUGGAUUUCCAGUAACGAGAGCACAUCCUCUCGGGGUGUGUGUGCAUCGUGAACGCCACCGGGCCCACGAUGUUUGGCAACAGACGCAGUACUCAAAUCCCUGACGAUGCGCUCAUUCGUCGUUUUCGGCGGGAUUUUGCGGGAGUUCUCGACUCCAACUUCCAUAAUGCCCAAGCGCCUGUUCCAUUGACGGCCAUGGAGACUAUGACUCCAUUCAGUGGCGAAUUCCACGGGCCCCAAGACCCUACGGCGAGCUCCUUCCAAGACUUUGGAUAUCCGUCGUCGUCUAUAUACGACAGCGGCCAGUCCUUUAUGGGGACACCUCACCAACCCGGCUUUUUUACCCCAGGAUUUGAUGGACUCGGCGGUCUGCCUCGUGCCCAGAUCAACCCGAUUUACCCUGGCGCAGUAAGCCAGAGCCCCCAGUACUUUACGAGCCCAUUCCCCGGCACGCUAGAUCACCAGAAUAUGAACAUGGGUUUGGAGAAUUUUUACCAGCCAGAGACAUAUAAAAACCCACAACCUUGGGAACAGAAUACCUCUCAUUCUCCUGAUCUUUUCACCUCUAAUGAUUAUGAGGGAGGGUGGUCACCUUCAGACCCAGACCCGAGACACCCUAUCGCUUCACCCGUCACUGCUCUGACACCAGACUCUCCACCAGGUUCUGAUGGACAGUCGUCAGAUAAUGAGAGUUUUCGGUUUACGGCAACGCUGAACGCCCCCACUGCGAUGGUGAAGCAUGAGAACGAAACCCCGGUCACCUAUCUCAAUAAAGGGCAGAUCUAUCAUCUGUCCGUGCUUGAUUCUGCUCCAACUGAACAAGGGACCAAAUAUAAAACGUCUGUCCGAAUCGUGUUCGAAGACGAAGAGCUAAGAUCAAAAACCUCGUCAUGCUGGCAAUUAUGGAGGAACUCUCGGGGGCUGAGAGAGGCCGGUCGACGAGAUGGAAAACUGCACGCGCUGGAGUACGUUGAUCCGGCGGCAGAACGAUCCAAGUCCUGGAAGUAUCCUCUUGCACCGCUGGAAAAGGCAUCUCUGGAUGGGUUUUCUGUCACCUGGACUGCUGAUGUGGCGGCUGGAGUCUCGGGCUGUACCGUUCCCCUCCGGUGCAACUUUCUAUCUACAGAUUUCAGUCUCUCCAAGGGUAUAAAGGGGGCUGCGGUCCGACUGUGCGCGAAGACAAAGAUUGUGACCCAGGACUCUGCAGCAGAUAGUUACGAGGAAGUGUCCUAUUGCAAACUGAAGGUUUUCCGUGAUCAUGGAGCCGAGCGAAAGAUUUCGAAUGAUAUCGCCUAUGUGAAACGGAUGAUAGACAAACUUGAUCUGCAAAUCGCCGAUGCUGAUGCUGGAACCGGGAAACGCAAACGUGCACAGCCAUGGUCCACUGACCCGCAGGAUAGGGAUAUCCGGAAUGACCCCAAGGCAGGACUCAACAGUAUGCAUGGUAUGCUCUCGUCUGCUCGUCCAGUGAGCCUUCUCUCUCUGCGAGACGAUAAAGGAGAUGAUCUAGCCAUGUUUUCGUCCUCAUCCCAGUCAUCAGACGAACAAGCGACGAUGGAGAAACGACCAAGCACAAACGAACCCGAAUCAGUACCAUCAGUACCAUCCGUACCGUCCGUACCAUCCAUACGCAGUGUCAAAACCUCAAUAGAGUCGCCGCAUCACUUGGCGAAUCGACAGGCCCUCGAUGCUCAAGGGGAUUACACCACAGAAUACUCCAAUUCACAGCCCAGCCUCAGGGGUAUCUCACUUGGCUCCUCCAUAGCAUCCUGGGACCAACGUCCCCCUAGGAGCCGUAUUAAGAUGCAAUCCAGCCAAGAGACCGACUCAACAUCUUCGAACCGGUCAAGUACACCAGAACCCCUGCCCUCAAUACCCCUAUUGAUAAGAAAGUACUUACCGUGUCCAGUUGCAUGUUUUUAUCUUCUGUUUUCCAGAACCGAUGAGAAGCCCGAGCCUCAUUACCGAGCAAUCUAUCUGGUGGAGCGAACCGUCCGUGAUCUGGUGGAUAAGAUAGCCCAGAAACGACUGCUCAAUCCAGCCUCGAUAGUCCGUGUAAUCCACGUCAGACCUAGCGGGAUGAAGAUCUUGCUGGACGAUGAGGUCCUUGCGCAGAUCCCUGAUGGACAAGAUAUGUUGGUCGAGUUCGUCAAUGUCUCAGACCAAGCUAAGUCUAUUGCCAACGAUACCCCGGCGCCUGCGGUGGAGGUGAGAUUGCAAUUUUAAUUUGCUGUUUAUGACGAAAUCCAUAGCGACUAGAGGUAAGCUGUUCGGGCUGCAGCUAUUGCCAGAACAUAAUUCAUUAAUG